AAUCUUUCUUUACCACGCCCCCCUUAUAUAUAUCCUUUUGCUACAGCGUUCUUUCAAAUUUUCAUUGACGUCGCACAAGAGAGAGAGAGAGAGGAGAGAGAGAGGGCGAAGAAGAAGAAGAAGCAAGGAACUUUGUUGUCAUUUAAUCGAUGGCUCGUACCAAGCAAACUGCUCGUAAGUCAACUGGAGGAAAGGCUCCAAGGAAGCAACUCGCUACCAAGGCUGCCCGUAAGUCUGCCCCAACUACUGGUGGUGUCAAGAAGCCACACAGAUACCGUCCUGGUACUGUUGCCUUGCGUGAAAUCCGUAAGUACCAGAAGAGUACUGAACUUCUGAUCAGGAAACUUCCAUUCCAAAGGCUUGUUCGUGAAAUUGCCCAGGAUUUCAAGACUGAUCUGCGUUUCCAGAGUCAUGCAGUUUUGGCUCUUCAAGAAGCAGCAGAGGCAUACCUUGUGGGUCUAUUUGAGGACACCAAUUUGUGCGCAAUUCAUGCUAAACGUGUUACCAUUAUGCCCAAGGACAUUCAGCUGGCUAGGAGGAUCAGGGGCGAGCGUGCUUAAUCUUAUUAUUAAUGCUUUGAUUUGAUUGUGUUUUAGGUAUGGGUUUAUUAAGACUGUCUUCUUUUAGGGUUUGUUUUGUCUUAUGGUAUAUAGAUGUGGUGGGUCUUGUGUUAAUUUUAGUUUUUUGUUUUGGGCUUGUGUUGGAUGAAUACUUUAUGGGUCGAUUUGGUGGUGUGUUUUAUCUACUUUAAUAUAAAGCCUAUCUAUAUGCUAACAUGGAUGGUGUUGUUUAAUUAAAUUUCUUAUGUUUUAU